GCAAACUGUAAAGCUCACUAAAUAAAAACGGUUUAUUUUGCGCAUAUAUUUACUCCAUAACGUGAAAGCUCACUAUCAUCGCUCUGCAGAAUUUCAACCCUUCAAUAAUCAAGAUUCAAGAAACCAGCUGAAAAUUAAUAUCGAUCACGCCGGAUUGAAGAUGCUUUGCUUUCAUCAAGAAAAAGAUGAGGGUGAAUCAGAUAUCCUCAAGGGACAGAAUCUUCAAGAAGGAAAAGCAGUCGGCAGCAGAUUUGAGACCGGCGCUAUCCAUCACUUGUCCCUGCUCCACCUCAACUCCGCCGCCAAACGCCGCUCCGCCUCCACAGCAGCUGAGAACUUUACUUCAUGCGGCGGCCCUGCGAAAAGGUCACCGCCCUCUUUCCUUUCUUCUCUCCCGGAGCCCUCCCCGAAACGGGCAACUCUGUUCCCACCUUCCUUCUCCCCUGCCGCCGGUGCCGGCGCUAUCUGCUCCAAACCGCGGUCUCCCCUUCUCUACCGGAGCCUAUCGGAGCCAAUAGAUUCUCUCGCUGGUCAGAAUCCCAAAACGGUAGAUUUCAGUUCCAUCAUCCCUUUCACCCACUUCUUGAAUUCAGCUUCGCCGGAGAAAUCCAAGAACGCCGGCGCUGUUGACAAACAACCUUCACCGGCGAAGAGUUCUGGUCUCUCCCCGCUUCCGCCGCCGUCUCUCCCUCCUCUCUACAGAUCCAUCUCGGAUCCAUCUGUGGCCAUAGAGUUCCAGCCGCCGCCGCAGCAAGCUGCCACUCCGCCGAGAGCUGCUCGGGCGGCCCAAAACAUCAAAUCCCCCCCGAACUCCGGUGAUGAGAGUCCCAGCACAAAGGUCGAAUCUUUUAAUCAACACCAUCUUUGAACUUUUAAUUAAAACGACCCAUUAUUAGCGAUCUAUUGUUUUUCAUUCGUUCAUUCAUUCUUGGACUAAUAACUAAUUGCAGAGGCUGGAGAAGAUCAAAGAAAGGAUGAGACAAAUGCAGCAAUGGUGGGAUCAAGUUUUGCAAGAAGAAGAAGAAGAGGUCAAUGAAGAAGACCACCCUUCUGAAGAUGACACCUCAAAGAUUGAGAACGAACCAGAGGACAAAACGGCGUCGUCCCAGCCGGAAGAAUCAGUGUGGGUAGAGGAGAAAGGUGGGGAGGGGUUAGUGAUCCACUUCAAAUGCCCAUGCAAGAAAGGCUAUGAAAUCCUUCUUUCUGGCAACAAUUGCUACUACAAACUCUUGUAGACUAUUGGUGUCAUGAUAUUUUUUUUAUUUUAGCUCUUCCUUUACACCAAACCAGUUAUUUUAGGUCUAUUUUAGGUUUUGUUGAGUAAUCUGUUUUUAGCAAAUAUUUUGUGUCAUUUUUUGGGUGUACAGUUUAUGAUUUUGCCCUCUAGUAUGUUAAUAUGUGUGGACGUGUGUUUCAUGUGCCUUUGUGAUGCUUUAAA